AUGUGCCUUUUAUGCAACAAAGUUUUGGGCAAUGACGCUAUGAAACCAUCUAAACUACAAGAUCAUCUGAGAAGAUGCCACCCUGAUAAAACAGAGAAAGAUUUGAAAUACUUUCAAACAAAGAUAAAUUUCAGAAGAGACCUACACUGGACAGAAUGUUCGCUUCGACGUCACAAAGAAAUGAUGAUGGUUUGCGGGCGUCUUACAAUAUCUCCAAAAUCCGGAAAACCGCAUACUAUCGGAGAUAAGUUAAUUUUGCCAGCCGUUGAAGAGGUUUUAAAAACUGUUUUACACAAACCUGCAUCUGAUAUCAUUAAAAGAAUCCCUUAA